UCUCCGAGACUCCGACUCCCAAUUCUCCCUCCAAAAACAAACCUUGGAAGAAGAAAAUUGGAGCGAAGGAGCGAUAAUUAUGGAGACGGCGACCUCUUCCGACGGAGUUGCCGGAAGGAUUCGAAACGCUUCGUUGGUUCUUGUAUCUGAUAACAAUUCCACGCUUGCUGAUAUCCGCAAAGCUGUGACAAUGAUGAAGAACAUUGCUGUUCAAUUGGAGAAAGAAAAUCAAACUGACAAGGUUAAAGAUCUUGAAAAUUCUGUGGCUGAGCUACUGAAUUUAUAUAGUGAUUGUAAUCACCGUUCUUCAGCAAUUCAGUCUGUUGCCAAUGGGUACCAACCUAGGGAACAGUUAACGGACUUUCAGAAGUUGCUUGAUGAUGAAUUCACAAAGCUCAAGGCUGCACCUUCUUCAAUGCCACAAAAUGACCAUUUGAUGCGUCAGUUCAGGGAAGCUGUUUGGAACGUUCAUCAUGCUGGUGAACCAAUGCCUGGUGACGAUGAAGAGGACAUUGUCAUGACCAGUACUCAGUGCCCUCUCCUAAACAUGACAUGCCCCUUGAGCGGAAAGCCUGUCACUGAACUAACAGAGCCAGUUCGCAGUAUGGAUUGCAGGCACGUCUAUGAGAAAGCUGUAAUCCUGCAUUACAUAGUCAACAAUCCAAAUGCAAAUUGUCCUGUAGCAGGAUGCCGAGGUAAACUGCAGAAUAACAAAGUGAUUUGUGAUGCAAUGUUAACGGUUGAAAUCGAGGAGAUGCGCUCGUUGAACAAACAAUCUAAUAGAGCUGAGGUUAUUGAAGACUUCACAGAAGAUGUUAAUGAAGAUUAGAUUAAGCAUCUCUUAGCCGGGGGUUUAUCUGCCGCAAUGAAACAACACAGCCUUUGCUCUUCUAAGUCCAUUCGGUAUAUUGAAACAAAUCUGAAUUCAGCUACCAAUUGUUCCACUUUUGGAUGUAAAUAUAUCUAUUUCGAUUCUGAAUACAACUGCUAAGUUUUGGCCAAGUUUAUGUUCAUCUUUUGAGUCUAAGUUAUUACAUUUCCUGUAGUUCGUAAUUUUCAAUUUAUGACCAUUAUUUUUUUAUUUGGUCUAA